AAAAAACUCAAAUCAUCCAUGAAAAGAAAUCAACAAGCGCAUAUCUUCCCCUGCAUCGAACCAAACCGUCGGAUUCCCACGCAUUCAACUCUACCGUUACAACCCGUACGAAAAUACCCGUAUAUAUAAUUGAGAUGCCAAGCCUAGUUAGAGAGACACCAUAACAUAUCAACGUUGUUUUCCCUGUACUUGAAAUGGCUCAGAACCAAUCUCACAGACAAUCACAGAAACACACACAAAACAGAGAAAGAGAAAAGACUCAGCUAGAAGAAGCACAUUAAAAAGAAACAGAAACACCACCCUUUUUAUAUCACUCCAAACACAUUCUAUCUUUCCUCAUCACUUUCUUUUCUCUUCCUCCCUUUCAAGCUUUUCAACAAUCCGAAACUCUUCAAAUUCGAACCCGGUUCGGUUCGGUUCAAUCAUGGAGCAAACCACACUCGACUCGUUUCAGUUCAACGAAGAAAUCCAGGGACUCAUGGCUCCGGCGCCGGAAUCCGCCAGCUCCUUCACCGCGCUUCUCGAGCUGCCGCCCACGCAGGCCGUCGAUCUCCUCCACUCGCCGCCUCGCCACGUCAGCAAUCCGGAACACCAUACGUUGAGCGAGAAUUUGACCUUUCUUUCCAACAACGCCGCCAGAUUCUCCGUGUUCGCCGCAGGAAACUCGCCGCCGCCGCUGCAAGUGAAGCGUGAGUCGCCGGAGACCGAUUCAAACCCGAGCUCGGCGCAAGGCGGUGGCUACGUCUCUGAUCCUGCCGUCGAGAACAUGAACCCGAAGUGCGUCAAGAGGAAGGAGCGAGAGAAGAAGGUUAAAGUGUCGUCGAAGAAGAGCAAAAGCGCCAUCGCAGCCGACGAUAGAUGCGGCGGCGAUGGCGACGGCGACGGCGAGAAGCUUCCGUACGUGCACGUUCGCGUUCGUCGAGGUCAAGCUACUGAUAGUCAUAGCUUAGCAGAAAGGGCUAGGAGAGAGAAGAUAAAUGCUCGGAUGAAACUUUUACAAGAGCUAGUCCCUGGUUGCAACAAGAUAUCAGGAACAGCAUUGGUUCUAGAUAAUAUCAUCAACCAUGUGCAAUCUCUGCAGCAUGAAGUGGAGAUUUUAUCAAUGAAACUGGCAUCAGCUAACCCAAUAAUUGAUUUCAACCUUGACAGCAUAUUGGCUACCGAAGGCGUGUCCCUAACAGAUAGUAACUUCCCCGCCACAGUUGCGCCCAUCGCAUGGCCCGAAAUCCCUCUGAACGAAAACAGACAACAUUAUCAGCAAUCAUGGCAAUUCGAUGCAUUCCACCAACCGCUUUGGGGUAGGGAAGAAUACAACCCUAAUUUUAUGACUCCUGAAAACUCGCUUUUGAGUUAUGACUCAUCAGUAAAUUCAGUAUCUCUGCACUCAAAUCAGUUAAAGAUGGAGCUCUGAAGGAGUGCAGAAGCGGCGGUGCUAGUAGAAAUUAGCCCAGUAGAGUAUAUAUCAAAUAUAGUCUUUGGAAUCAGCCGUGAUUUGAUCAGCCACAAAAAUCAGCAAGGUUUCUUUGUUUUCUUGUCUCAGAAUCAGUUGGAAACCCGGAUUCUAUUCAGCCUGCAAGGAAAAGUCGGCAUGCUAUGUCUAAAUAAAAUAUAUUACUAUCACUAUGUACACUAAUUAUAGGGGCCAUUCAAUCGAAGGCGAUUGACUGACUCAGAUUGUAAAAUCAUUGAACGGACUGUUAGUGAAUUACCAAGGAAGUUUGUUGCUUUGUUCACUAGAUUGUAAUUGGAUGGCUGGUUCUUACUGAAUAUAUUCCUGAGCAAGCUACUCUGAAUUUUAAUGAUGGCCAGUAUUUUCAUUAUUCUGUAUCUGUAACAAAGCCAUUAAUCUUGUUAUUUGUUGA